UUUUUUUAGCUGAAAAAUCUCUCACUCACAUUGUUAAUUCGAAGAUCCAAGCUCUCUCUUCCCAUCUGCAAUGGCUCCCGCCGCUCCCAAGUCCGGCGAUGCGAUUUUCGCCAGCGUCGAUCGCGUGAAUGCAGAGCUGUUUACUUUGACGUACGGCGCUAUCGUGCGCCAGCUGCUCACCGAUCUCGAGGAGGUGGAGGAGGUCAACAAACAGCUCGAUCAAAUGGGUUAUAACAUGGGUGUUCGUCUUGUUGAUGAAUUUCUGGCAAAAUCGAAUGUGACGAGAUGUGUCGAUUUCAGAGAAACAACUGAAGUCAUUGCUAAGGUUGGAUUCAAAAUGUUUCUAGGGGUAACUGCAUCUGUCACCAACUGGGACAGUGAAGGGACAACCUGCAGUCUGAUUUUGGAGGAUAAUCCUUUGGUCGACUUUGUUGAGCUUCCCGAUAAUUGUCAAGGUCUUCACUAUUGCAACAUUUUAAGUGGAGUUGUUAGAGGAGCUCUUGAGAUGGUGUCGAUGAAAACUGAGGUGGCAUGGCUGCGUGACAUGCUUAGAGGGGACGAUGUAUUUGAGUUGCAAGUGAAACUUCUGAAGCAAGUACCUGAGGAGUACCCCUAUAAAGAUGAUGAGUAGCGUGCUUUCUUUGCUUUUAAGUCCAUAAAAUCUAUUGUCGUUGUGAUUUCUCUCUCCUCUGGUUUAGUUACCUCUAGCCAGUAAUUUGAUGUGGAACAUUUUUCGAGAAAAAUUACUACUGCGUAGCUUGUUGCAGACUUGUAAAAAUUGAACCUUCCGGCCUAGGUCCUCUUAUAAUUUUCUUCUCAUUAAUUUGCGCAGUUUUUAUAAUAAGUAAGAUUUUCUCAGUUUUUA